UGUUCGUAGCCAUUCAGCUUCAGUAGACGCCCCACAUAAUAACGUUUCUGUGCUUAAAAAACAAUUUAACGUGUCAAAAAUGUUAUCUUUUUCCUACCCAGUCGGUUGUGUUGUUUACCCAGGAGUGUGGCAUACGUCAACGAAUACACUUGACUGCCACUACUAUAUUAGACGCUUUAUUUAAAUCUUUUAGUAUUUUACUGCUAAUGGUGAUGAGCUGUUAGUCUACUUCGAUGUCUUCACUUUUUUGUACAGUUAUAUUCUCUAUAAAUGAAGACCGUGCAACCACCUGGAGAAAAGAGUGAUGCAGCGAGAAGAGAUGUCACGUCCUGGGUGUCAGUCUGCCCUGGUGGCCUUUGGCAGGUACAACGGAAGUGGACAGUAGAGAGAAAGAAGGGGUUUGUGACCCCUGUUCUGGGCUCAGUGUGCAAGGUCAGGGUGCACUGCAAAGGAAGCUCUGAAAAAGAACCAGCAGCACAGCAGUCUGACCAGAGUGAAGAGUCAACAAGCCCCUCUGCAGUACAGGCUACCUCCUACCCUCGCACUCCAGAGGCUGUACUGCAGAUCCCUUUGGAGGAAUGGGUCCAGUUGCGGGUGGGGGAAGGCCAGUGUGAUGUCGUAGAGGCAUGUCUGGAUGGUAUGAAAGCAGGAGAGAUGUGUGAGUUUCAAGCGUUGCCUGUUAAUAAGGACUCCACGCCAAAGAUGAGUGGUUUCAGCUCACAGUCAGAGGAUGAAGAUGCCAGCAAAGGGGAAUGUACACCAUACCAGUGGGGCACAUACAUAUUAGAGCUCCAUUCUUUUACCCUUGGCAAAGAAUCAUGGGAGAUGACGUCUGGUGAGAAGUGGACAUGGGUGAAGUCGCACAAAGAGAGGGGUGGACAGCGGUUUGGAAAGGGAGAUAUGUGGGGGGCAUCAGACAGCUACUGCAGGGCAAUGAAGCUGCUUAUAACCUUAACAGAAAGGAGGAAUGGAAAGAAGGACAGUAAGAAGGGUGACAAAGAGGAACAAGGUGAUUCUGGUGCAGGCUCAAUGGCUGCCAUACAGGAAAGUGAAGAAGGACACGGUAAUGAGUUAGAGGCAGCCACUGAGCAGGACCAUGUCCCGACAGAAGAGGAGUACACAGGCUUGAAAGCGGAGCUCCACUCCAACCUUUCCCUCUGCCAGCUGAAGCUAAACCAGCCUGCCAAAGCCAGAGCUAGCAGCUUGAACGCCACCCAGCUGGACCCAGCAAGCACCAAGGCCUGGUAUCGACUGGGUCAGGCCAGCCUUCUGGUCGGAGAGCUGCAGGAUGCCCGUCAGGCUUUUGAGAAAGUUCUAGAACUUCAGCCCAACUCUGCGUCUGCCCGUCAGGCUUUGAAACAAGUGAACAUGAAAGAGAAAGAAGUGGACAACAAGCUAGGUCAAAGAUUAAGCAAGAUGUUCACUUAAUGUCUGUGGUUUGUGACUGGGAAUGGCUUGAAGUCUUGUCAUUGUGUCUUAUGGACAUUCCUGAAAUAUGAUUAUGUAAUGUAUAUGACAGACAUUAGUUCCACAGAGGAGUAACUCAUCUACAUCUAACAUCACUACUCCAACAAAUUACAUUGUAAAAUGUAGCCAGAAUUAUUUUGGUCUGGGUAAAAAAUGUACAGGCUUUGAUUGUGGAGAGAGAGAGAGAGAGAAAGAGAGAGAAAACCAGCGAUAACAGAAUGUCAAGUAAAGAAUAGUAUAUGCCACACUUCCAUUGUGACAUUAUUUCAUGUAAUGAUUAUAAUGACUGACAAAUCAUACAGUUGGGUUCAUACGGUUAUGAAUGCACGCUAAAGUUGACUAAAAGUAAUAAAUGCAAAUCAAACCAGCUAUUAGGCUAAAUGAAAUAAAACCAUGCCAAUCUCUUGGUGUGGUGAAGGGUACAUGUGGCUAUUUUAAUUUAUCAGGAUGCAUAUCCUGGAUCCAUGAAAUAACUGCCUUGAAAAAUAAAAAUAUGGCUGCCUUUAUGGGAAUUUAGCAUAGGGGUGUGUAUUAUGCUUCUUGUAUUUUAAGGGAGAAUAUGUAUUUUUUAUGAUUCAGUCAAAGAAAAGUGGUGUCCUUAACGGUUUGAUUUUUUCCCUUUUGUAUUGCCCUUUUUAAUCAACUUUAGCAUGAGCUCAUAAACCUGUGAGCAGUGAGCACACUGUUAUGUGCUACAUCUAUGUAAUUGAUGUAUGUUGAUAAUGACACGGGCAAACCGAUAGAUGGCGAUCCAGUAAAUUGGAGUAGCUAAGCUAACUGACUUGACUUCUGCUUGCUUCUUCAAGCAGAGCUGGCCACGGCUAGUUAACCUGAGUGACCGAUAAGUUGUAAGAGGGAGUUUCUAAAUCGGUAAGUAAGUAGUAGGCCUAUUAAUACUUUAUAAACUAAACCUUGUAAGUUUCUCAAACCGUAAGUCCAUCAAGUUACAGCGCGUAGCGCUCUGGUCUUUGUUUGCUGAAGGUUUUUGGAACACGAAAGUGAUCAUAAGGUAGAGCUAGCGUUAGCUAAUUUACUUGUAAGCUAACAUUUUCUGAUAAAUAUAUGACUUAACUGGAAUGCUUGACACUUACGGAUUAAGGUUAUGGUAUGCAGAAUGGCAAACUUUGUUGGUGUGGAGGACAUUUGUGGAAAGCUAACGUAAACGUUUAUUCGUUUUGCACAGUUAACAUUAGGUGGAAUAGGUUCACAGGGCAAGACAUGUUAUAGCCUACAUGUUACUAAAAAAAAUGUAAAAUGGAAAUAAAA